AUGAGACUUCAGGAAGGAAUCUCUGACAGCUUUUCUAUCCCCUUAAAUAAUCAGAUAUCCGUUCAACACGCGAAAAGAUUUCAAGAUGCAAAUAAAACGGUUGAUAGUGAAUCAGUUAACUGGCUGUCGAAAUCUGAUGCAAGACAAGCUUACCCCCAGCAUUCCAUACCAAAUUUUCAAAAUGGACAUGGCGCUGUAAAUGUUUCCUUAUCACUGUUCCAGCAAACUACUAAUAUUAUGACAGGAAAUUUAAAUAAUACGUCCUAUUUUGGCACUGGAACUGGUUUAGGUCGUCAAAUAUGUCAAGCACGUUUCAAUUACCCUGCUUGUCAACCAGAUGAAUUGUCAAUUGAAAGAGGCGAUAAAAUUCGUGUUUUGGAAAAAAGUUCAGAUGGUUGGUGGCGUGGUAUUCUAAUUACCGAAGGUAAACCACAGCGAAUGGGAUGGUUUCCAUCAAAUUAUGUCACAUUGGAUUUAUCAAAAAAUCUGAAUAGAUCUGGAAGUAGUUCACAACCCAGUAUAUUAAAUUCAAGUACACUUAAUCGGGAUGCAAAUGAUUUGUCUGUACCAAACAUUUCAAAUACUCAAGAUCAAAUUCCUACUCAAUACUUAGCUUAUCAAUAUUAUGAACAACAACAUUCUCUGAAUCCUGGUUCUAUUACAGAAAACCAACAACAAGUACAUCAACAACCGCAAUUACUAGUACGUAAUAACGACCCACCUAGUCAUGAAGGUCAGCAACAGCAACAUGAAACUGUUGUAACUCUUUACCCAUUUGUACGUAGUCAUGUAGCAGAGCUGUCUUUUGGUGAAAACGAGGUCUUGGAAGUACUUAACAAACCUCCUGAUGAUCCAGCUUGGUGGCAUUGUCGUAAUACUCGUGGUGAAAGUGGUCUGGUACCACAUAAUUAUGUUACUGCUUUCACAACACCAGCAAUGGCAACUACAACACUAAGCAAAUCAUUCGGUUCAAAUCACAAGCCAUUAUCUUGUCAGUCUACAAAUUUUGGCCAUUCUAUUCGAAGUAACCAGGUGUCUGCGACUAAUUCAAGUUAUACAGUAACAAAUAAGUCACAGCCUACUGAUGGAGAAACAUUGAGGCUAAGUUAUGCUACACAGUCUAGUACAGGUUGCUUACAUAUAAAUCGACCAUGGUUCUGGGGUAUUAUUUCACGCGCUGAAUGUGAAGAGAUGUUAGGUAAACAUUCUUUACCUGGUGAAUUCAUCGUUCGCGAUAGUGAAUCACAUCCUGGGGAUUUGACUAUAACCAUCAAUGCAGGCAAUAAAACGAGAAAUUUCAAAGUACACGUUGAGAAAGGACAAUAUCAUAUUGGUCAGAAAGUAUUCAAUUGUAUUGAUGAUCUCAUCGAGCAUUAUGGUAGUCAUCCAAUAUUUAAAAACGAACAUGAGAAACAUUAUCUUACGCAACCUUUUGUUCAUCCUGGUGUUAAAUCAGUGAUCCCUUACGAAAGUAAUAAUAAUAGUAAUAGUUUUAGUAAUAUUACGUCCACUACUCCAACUAAAAGUAUUAACACUGUAUCGUCAGUAUCAUCGACGUGUUUUCUUCCAGUUUGUGGUAGUAGUGGGAACACCCCAACCUAUCAUCAGUCUAUUACUGCUUCACAUGGUCGUUAUUCUUAA